AGAAUGGGUCAAGAUGACGAGGACGAUGCGCAUAUGCUGCAAGCAAAGCAGCAAAUCACUUUUAAUGUUGUGAAUAAGAGAAAGGAUCAAUUGCGCCGUUGGCAGAGCAGCGAGAUGAACGCAGAAGCAGCUCGGCGAACGAAACGUCCAAAAGUACAAUUUCAAGACAGUGAUAUUUUUCUGUCGGCAUGUAUGUCUGGAGAUGAAGAAGAAGUUGAAGAACUGUUGAACAAGGGUGCCAAUAUUAAUACUUGUACAGUUGACGGGUUGACCGCAUUGCAUCAGUCGGUAAUUGAUUCAAAACCCGAAAUGGUUCGAUUUCUUUGUGAAAAAGGAGCCGAUGUGAAUGCACAAGAUAAUGAAGGAUGGACACCUCUUCACGCAGCUGCAUGUUGUGGAAAUGUGGCAAUAGUCAGAUAUUUGUGUCAACAUGGAGCCGAUCUCUCAAUAGUUAAUAGUGAUAAAGAGUUAGCACUUGAUCUUGCAGUAGAUGAACAAUGUCGUGAUUAUCUUGACGAUGAUUACAAGCGACAAAUGAUUGAUCUCGAUGCUUGUAGAGAUCAAGAACUUCAGACAAUGUUGAAAGAUGUGAAUAUGUGGAUGAGUCAGGGAGAAUAUCGAGAUAUUCCUCACCACAGAACAGGUGGAACUGCAAUGCAUGUAGCUGCUGGGCGAGGAUACACACAAUUACUCGAAUUACUUAUCAAAGCGGGUGGAAAUGUACGGGCACAGGAUGUCGAAGGAUGGACUCCGUUGCAUGCGGCUGCACAUUGGGCUGAACGAGAUGCAUGUAAAAUAUUAUUGGAAAAUGGAGCGGAAUUAUCGGAUCUAACGUUUACGGGUGCUGACGUUCUUGGAGUAGCUGAUAAAGAAUGCAUCGAUUAUCUUGUCGAGUUGGCUGACACUGUGAAAGUACAGAACAAGCGAAAAUCACCGGGUAGUGGCUCCCAGCCACCAACUUCAAUACUUCAGGAGAAGAAUCAUAGAAUGCCGUCACACGAGGAACAUGUUCUGACAAGUGAACGGAAACGAGAUUUACAGCAUAAGGAUCAGCAUAGUGAAAACGAGUUUCUUCACUCGCAUCCAUCCACUGCAUCAGUUGGCUCGACCACAUCAUCCAACACAAAUACCACCACAACCACCAUUGUUAUCGGUGAAAAUGAUAUUUCUGCUGCACAAAAAGAUUCAAGAGAAUCAUCGAAAGAAUCAGCUGUUGAUGAUGAAGAAUAUGUCGCAGAAGAUGAAAUGGAAGAAGCUGAAGAAGAUGAAGAAGAAGAAGAUGUUGAAGAAGAAGAGGAAGAAAAAAGUGAAGCUGAAUUAAAAAAUGGAAAAGAAAUUUCACCGCUUCGAUCGGAAACUACAAGUUCGAGGAGUAUAUCUAUAACGAGAAGUCUGGAUGGAUACACAGACCGCUCAAGUUCCGGCAGAGAAACUUCAGCCGAAAUGAGCGAAGCAGCCUCGUCAGCCAGUACCGGAACGACGUCAUCGUCGUCACGGUUCACAUCAUCAACUCCAUCGUCACAAAGAUCAGCAGCAGGUUCAGUGCAUACAGAAACACCACGAUCUUCGAUGGAAAACUCAUCAUCAGUGGGAAGCGGUGAUCAAAAUGUCAGUGCAACGAUACCGAUUGUUCCAUUAUCAGCUCCACCGAAAGCAGUUCAUCAGAGCCCGAGCUCAUGGAUUAAUAGAGGAGUUCCUCUGUCUUCAAGGUCCUCCACAUCAUCGGUAACACGAAGCAGUUCAACUCCCGUGUCUGAAAUCAUUUCACCACCUUCGUCUAUUCACUCGCAACUAUCGUUCCCAAGUGUGAGCAAUACUACUACUACAACAGCUACAGUAGCCCCAACUUCAUCAACUGUUCCGUCGACACCUGUUUCCAACGUUAUGGCUGCAACGAUAUCAUCAACAGCGAAGAAUACACCGUCUCCAGCCGGAAGUGUCACCACAAUCAACGCGACUUUCUCAAAACCAAGCAGCAGACAUCCAUCAGAAGAAGUAUACCGUAGUCCUUCUCAACCAACAAAUGUUCCGUGGGCUUCUUUAUGGCACAAUGUGAAUAAUGCCUCAACUGGUCAAAUUCGUUCGCACAUUGAACAACUUCGAAAUGCGUCGUUCUCUUCUCUUUCGAGUUAUCCACGUGUCAGUGCCUUCAGAUCGCCUAUUAAAACGACGGCGUCUUCUACGUCGGUGAACUCGGCGAGCUCUCCAUUAUUGCUCCAACCUCAUCCUCAUCCUCCAGUGAUUGCAGAGUAUCCACGUGGAUUUGUUCCACAACAGAUUAAUCCGAACAAAAUGAGUCGAUGGCAAUCAAAAACGGUGACAGAAAGCGAAGCGGAACGCCGAAACAAUUCUCGAAUGCAACGUCAACAUCGUCGUUCGACACAAGGAGUCACGAAAGAGCAACUUGAGGAGGCGAGCAAGUUUGCAACUGACGAGGUUGCCCGGAGGAAUUCACAAGUGCUCAGUACUUAUCCAAACUCGUUACACGCACGUCUUGCAUCCGAAGAGAAGGAUCUUUCCUCAACAAGUGAUGAUCUGAAAGAUGGUGAUGUCAGCACUACAGCUACCGUAUCCCUAAUCAACUCACCAAACUCUAAUUCUGCGAAUGUUAGGAGAAAGAGUCAGGGACUCUCGAUUUCUCGAUCAAAUCGUCGUGCAACUGGUCCAGUGAAUCCAGAAGAUUUGGCUCCGGCAAUGAGCCUUCGUCUCGCUACGGCUCAACCAUACUCGCCAGCAUCAGUUAGAUCGAAUGCUGGAACUCUUCCAACAAUGACGUCACGAUUUUCGGAAAAAGCACAAUCUUUGCCGCCGGCGAGCAACGGAAUGUCCUCGACUCAACCUCUCUCUACUCGAAGUGCAAUUGUUGCUGGACUAUCAUCUGCACCUUCAAUGCGAACAACAGCUCCACUAUCAUCAACUGCGACAUCGUCAAGAUUUAUGCCGUCCUCUUCAUUGUCAUCAAAUGGAUCAUCAGCUAAUCAACAACCGUCAUCAAUUUAUGGAUUACAAAGUCGUCCAACAGAAACUAAUCUAAACUACAAAGCACUUUUCGAGAAGGAACGAUCGGAAUGUGAACGUCUUCGGCGAGAAAUGGAAGAGAUGAGGAGGUCACAGACGGCGGAUUCAUACCGUGGAGCAUCUACACAACUCGCGUGGCGUGCCCGAAACGCUUCUCCAUCUGCUCAACCACAUAAUUUAUCGGUUGCCAAGUCGACAUCUCUAGCUUCAUUCGACGAGAAUGAACGCAGGAGUAUGGAGAGAAAAAUUUCGGAUUUGGAGUUACAACUCAAGACUGCCACCAACCUUCGAAUGGAAAAUCAGCGGCUCAAAGAGGAAAACGGGGCGCUGGUGCGGGUCAUAUCGAAGAUGACCAUCUAGCUUUAUGGUUUUACAAAAAAAUUUAAUUAUUUGAAUCAUUAUUCUGUUUUCCUCUCACAGCCCAAAUAUUGCACAUUUUCUGUCUCGUUACCUCUUUCUGACACACACACACUUCGCCUGCCUCUUAUAGGAAAAUGUUAUUUCUUUCAUUCUCCGUGGAAUUUUUCUUCUUCCUAUCAUCCAAUUUUCGCUAUUUUUGAGGUUUCUUACUAGAAAUCUAAAAAAUUAACUUUCUUCUCUCUCUCCGGGAUACUGUACACACUGAUAUUUCUCACAUUUUCCCUCUUCAUUCUCUCUCCCCGCCCACGCAUAACAACUACAAAAGUGCAUACAUAAUAUUUUUUUUCGUCUCGUCACCAGAAAUGUGCAAUAAUUGUUUUUUCCUUCAUCGUUCAUCGUUUUUAGAAAUUAAUUGCAUCUAAAAAUAUAGAAUAUUCAUGGAUUA